GAUUAGUGACUGUAGUUAUAGAUUUGGUGUGAAUAGAUUAGCGGAUGCUGUGUGUGGGUGUUGUGUAGGCAAUAGAUUUGUGAUUCUGUAUGUAGCUGAUCCUGUGUGAACUAUUGUGGCGUUCUCGUGAACUUUGUGACAGCUUGUUGAGGAAGCGAUCGGUGAUUUCUGACAUUCGAUUCGGAGUUUUUUUUAAAAAGGAUUUAUUUUGGAACGGAUAUCUUUUCAAAGCUGGGAGUUAUUGAAACAAUUCAGGAGUUGUGGUAGCUUGGAAUAAGUGAAUGUUUUGUAUUAACUAGAGUGCCCGUCGUUACAUUACAAUUCAUUUCAUGGACUAGUAACUAGAUCUAGUAGUGCAAAAGACAAUAUUACAUCUAGAUUAGGUCUAGAAUCUAGACUAAGUUUGGAACUUAUUCAACACAACCAAAUUAACAGCGGAGGGAAAAAAUUACUGCCGAUAAGGAUUAGGUGUUGAUGACGCAAUCCUGAGCGGAACCUUUUUAUUUGAAAUCUUUUGCAGUAGGCUCCCUGUAGUAUGGGUUAACGGAUUCAGUUGACACAGAAAUAACAAAUAUGACUGACGAGCCUUCCAUAUCUUCACCAAAACUUGUUUGCCUCUGUUUGGUUUCAUCUGUAGAUACUUUGUGAACAUAAUUUACAACAUUCGAACUAGUUUGGAUUACCCCAUUAGAAGUUGGAUUCAUUUAUAGGAUUAUACAUGUUGGAUCAUGGGAUAUAUGUCGUCGUUAUGGCAAGCCGUUGGGGUACUUGUUCUAAUAUCAGCGGUCAGUGGGCAGGCGGUCGAGUGGAUAGGGCGGCCGCAGGGUGCCGUGGUCAAGCUGGGGGACAACGUGACCUUCGUCUGCCGACUCAACACAGAUGACCCCAACCUCAUAUGGAGCAAGGACGACUCAAAUACCUCGAUACUGUUUGUGAAAGAUAACAGAUUUGAUGCACCACCUAGAUAUUCCAUCAUCAACAAAUAUGACCUAGUCAUCACCAAUGUACAGAAAGCAGACAAUGGAUACUUCGCCUGUAGGACAAAAGACGCAGGGAUUCAGAAGGCCUCUCUCACUGUUUUAUUGCCACCUGGCCCACCUGUUAUCACCAGAAGUGACACAAGUUCUGUUUACAAUGAGGGGACUGUACUCAACCUUACCUGUUCUUCAUCUGGGGGUAACCCUGACCCCAGGAUCACAUGGUUAAAGAAUGGCAACAUCACAGCAGAGAAUUCUGAUUACAAAGCGUCCACUGUGAUAGGUGGAACAUCUAGUCUGACCAUCAGCGUUAGACUGGACAAAAGUGACCACCAGGCCAACUAUUCCUGUCUAGUCUACAACGAUGUCAACGUUAUGACCAAACUGAUAGACUCGGUGGUCAUGAGUGUCCGAUAUUCCCCAUCCAUUGGAUUCCAGCCCUAUUCCCCCACCUACAGUGUAAAGCUUGGCAAGAAGAUUGAAAUAUAUUGUGAUGUAGAUGCCAACCCAGUGGUGACCUCUGUGUCUUGGUCAAAAGAUGGCAUCAGUUUAUAUGGAAAUAACCCAAGACGAAUAAUUUCUCAAGUCAGCAAAGCAGAUAAUGGGACAUACACCUGCUUUGCUAAAAAUAACAUUGGAGAAAAUUCAGGAUCACUAGAGUUAAAUAUUCAGUAUCCUCCAAUCUUUAACAUUAGUUCCACGCAGACAGUCGACGAAGGACAAGUAAUAGCAGUGAAAUGCAGCAUGGACGCUAACCCAAAACCUUACGAAGUUACGUGGAUGAAAAUACUUCCUGAUGGAACCGCCCAGACUCGAUCAACUUCAGACAUGCUGCGAAUAGACUCCGCCAGCCCCGGGGAUGCUGGGAACUACUCCUGCAGGACCCAGAGUCAGCUGCGGAUCUCCGGGGAGAGUGUUGAGUUUGUCACUGCGGAGACCUUCACCUAUGUUUAUGUUCAGUAUAAACCAGGUGCUGCUAGUAUUGGGACAGUCCCAGAUACGGAUGUGGGAGAGAGGCUGGAUAUCACCUGCACAGCCACACCUACAGGUUACCCGGAGCCAACAUACACUUGGACUAAAGAUGGAAUGACCUUGAACCAAAAUAGACAAACCUUGACCAUUGUGUCUGCCCAGCUGUCUGACAAUGGCCGCUACACCUGUACCCCGACUAAUGUUAGAGGCAGUGGGCGCUCCGCCACUGUCAGUGUCAAUAUAUAUGAGCGACCUGUUAUAACUAAACUACCCAACAAGGAAGUAAAAAUAGGCAUCAACGAGCCCAAUUUGGUGUCGCUGCUGUGUGAGGCGAGGGGGUACCCACAGCCCAGGUUGCUGUGGUACAGGAACGGGCAGUUCCCCGCCCUCAACUCCCAGCCUGAAUUGUUUACUGUGAUAACCACAGCUAAACCCACCUCUGGGCCCAGCAUGGCCGUGGAGAGUGUCCUCCAGUUUAAAGGCUUGGCCAGGACAAUUUCCACAUCAACAGGCCAAAGAACUGUUCUUCAGGUGAAAGAUAUGGCCAACUACACCUGCAGGGCUGAAUCUGACAAACACAGUGAGACACCUGAAACUCUGACCCAGCUGUUUAUCAACUUCCCACCAGUUCUGGAACCCAUGCCAACAAUCCUGGCAGUCUCCAGACAAGACUCUGCUGAAUUUACUUGCAAGACUCAGGCCUACCCUGAGCCUUCAGUUCUGUGGAUGUUUCAAGGGAGACAACUAGUACCAAAUGAUCCAGGCAUUGGCAUCAAGGAACUGUCAAGUGGGCUGGGAAGAAUGGAAAGUAAACUAACAGUGAUGAACGUUACAGACAGAUCUUAUGGCGCCUACAGGUGUUUGGUCAGGAACAAUCUGGGGAAUAUUUCGCAAGAAAUUAUAUUGGCUAAGAAAUCUCCACCUGAACAACCCUCCAACCUCACCAACCUCAACACCACCUGGGACUCCGCCAUGUUAGUCUGGCAACCAGGUUUUGAUGGGGGGUACGACCAAAAGUUUUUCAUUCAGAAAUCAGGUGGGGGAGAGGAACCAAAGAAGAUUGAGGUGACCCCAAGUUCAUCAAGGUCGUUUAAUAUUACUAAACUUCGUCCUUCUAGUACUUAUACAUUCCAAGUUGUGGCUUCCAAUGAACUAGGCAUUGGACCUUCUUCAUUGCCAAUAACUGUUACAACUAAUUAUUUACAAAUACCAAGUCUUCCUAAAAUUCCAGUUUUUGUUGCCCGGCAACGGAAGUUGUCUGUCAUUUCUCCCUAUGGCAACGAGUAUUGUCUCCGGGUGGAUGUGAAGAGUGAAAAACUAGAUUGGAGCUCAAUUAAUGGCUGCAUGAAGGUGAUGGGUGAGAAUUUGGAGAUAGCACAGAGUGGUGUACAAGCUAUCAAUGUUUCUGUUUGCUUGAGUCAAAGAACGGAUGUUUGUGGAGUACCAGUUUCUGCUGAUAUAAAUUCAAGUGGCAGUGAGACUCAGUUAACUGAAGAACAUGUGAUAAUUAUAGCCUGCGUCUGCGGGGUCAUUAUUGUUUCUCUUCUCAUUGUCUUGUUCUGUUUUAUCUUCAGGCGCAGAAGAAACGCAGCCAAAACAUACCAAGGGGGAAAUCAAGGGGAGCCCCCACCAUACAAUGCAGUGCCACCCAACAAGAAGCCCCACGUUUAUGAUAACCAAGGUAUGGACACAACUGAUCUGCAGUUGACGGAACAGAGUGUUGAGCCUUCAGCACCUCCCUCUCCUCCAGUGCAUGCAAUACCCAACAGUUUUACUAACAAUAGUUAUGGACCCUUGGAUCUGCCGGCCAACACCUACAGAGACUAUUUACCUGCGGACCGCAGCUACUCCCCCACCCCCUCCAGGGAAGUGGUCAUACAUGCUCGUCCAUUCACUGCCUCGUCACUUGACAAAAGGCUGUAUGAAAAUAAACUAAAUCAUUGGACUGACAAUAAUAAAAUGGAUGGCUACCAACAGAAUAGAGAUGGUCAAGGGAGCAUACCCAGAAGCCCAACAAAAGAUAAAUAUAUAGACCUUCAAGACAGGGGUGGCGGCGGUGACCCUAUGAUGGGAGGGCCAGAUGGCGGCUACAAUCACGAUCCCAUGUCAGGAGUGGGCAACAAGCCUAAAAAGGUUAUAUAUGAAGUGGUUGUCUGAUUGUUGUCUAGAGCUCCUGUCAACACUGUCGUUGUUCUCUUCCAGUGUACAAUGUGAGAUUCACUGGUGUCGUUGAUAACUCAGCCAGCUUGUCACAAACAAUAGCGUGGAGAAAAAAAAAUUGCAGCUUUGUCUGAUAGACCAGAUUUUUCUCAAAUCUUUAACUACAAUAAUGGCCAGUUUGGAGUGGAAAUUUUUUUUAAGUAAAAAAAAAACUACCUAACGAUGCUUUGCUUUCAGUUUUUUUCUGAAAUCAAUGUAUUUUUUUUUUGUGAAUAUUAAUUCUAAACUGUUCUUUAUAUGUAUAUGUAAAUAAUUUUUAUAAUUAUAGUUCUGGAGGCUUUUUAAUUGAAAGUUAAAUAUACUUGACCUAUGCAUGUGUUUAGCAUUAGUGUUCAUAAUUGUGUAUAAAGUUUUAUAUAUUUGUAUUUUUGGACCAAUAUUGUUCAACCUAGAAUAUAUGUUGAAUCUCAGUACCACAAUCUGGCCUAAAUUUUUAGGGAUAAUUUAAGAGCUAGGAAUAAAAAUAUGUUGUAUUAGCAAUUAGACCUUGAGAAAUAUAUCUGGGUGGAUUAUUUACUUAAUGAACCACUGGUUCAAAUUGUUAACUUUAUUUGUACUACUUGAGCUGUUUAUUUAGACUCAAUUAUAUCCAAGAUAGUAGUCUUUCAAGCCGAAAGAAUGAUUAUAUAUUAUAAUGGCAAUAAAGUUUAAAUAUUUUGAACCCUGUUUGACACAAGUGAAUAAGCCACCCUAAUAGCUUUAGUGACUAAAUCUAUGUAUGUAAUCUAUCUCUGUUGGCACCUGCACAUUUCUGCCUACAACAAACUGCUGCUAUUGUUCUAUAUUUUAUUUUUGUAAGUUAAGACAUUCAUGUAUUUUCUUCUUUAAAAAAAGCAAUUGUUUCAAUGUUGCCCAUCUUAUUUUAACAUGGACAAUUUUUACAGUUUUUCUUUUUUUAAAAUCUGGCAUGCCUUAACACUGGUUCGCUCAUCCAUGACCAGUUAUAUUUACACCAGACAUGCAUGACCGUCCGCAAUCUAGCUCUGAUAAAACCAGCUCUGCUUAAUGAGCUGUCGUAAAAAUAUUUUUUCAAAAGUUCAUUACAAAAAAUGUGGGGUCACUAACAGAUGUGGAAGUAUGGUUAAUACCAAUGUCUGACAAUAGACUCCUCCAGAAGUUUGAGGUUGUUCAUAGUAUUGUAAUCUCAGGUUUAGGGUUGGGUUAAAAAAAAUUAGGGUUAGGGCUUUUGUUGGAUUUGGGUUCGGAAUAAUGUUUGCUUUGACAUCUGGAAGCAAUAUUUUAAUUGAGUUCACUACCAGUAAUAUAACACCACUUUUUUUAAAAGAUCCCAUAUUGUGGCUUUAUCAGGCACUGGUAUAUUACAUACACCCACAUGUGCAUUAGUUUUUAAGUUUUUUUAUAAUGUCAAGGCUACAAGCCAUCAUGGUAAUAGGUGUGCACAACUAUGCAGGUUACUUUUAUUUUAAAAAAAAAGAUAAUUCUAUAAUUGCCUUAACAUGACAUGAUUCAAGGAUGGAUGAGUAUUGUUAGCGUUAGCAAUAUUUAACUACAUGACUGAGCUGCUGGAAGUUAUUAAAUGUACAAUCCUUGAACAUUGGAAUGAUCUGAAAAGUUUGAACAUUGGAAUGGCAGAAAAGUUAAAAUAGUGGAUGUUUGAAUUAUCUGAAAAGUUGAAAUAGUGGAUGUUUGAAUUAUCUGAAAAGUUGAAAUAGUGGAUGUUUGAAUUAUCUGAAAAGUUGAAAUAGUAGAUGUUUGAAUUAUCUGAAAAGUUGAAAUAGUGGAUGUUAUGAAUGCUCUGGGAAGUGUCAGUUUAAAAUUUUGAUUAAAUGAUUUUUUGUCAGUGUCCAAUGUUUUUUGCAAACAUUAUAUGCAUUGUUUUUUUUUUAUAAUGUGAGUCUCCAAUGUCAGGUUUAUGUUUUAGACCGAUUGAUUUUAGAUUUUUUAGGGUAAAUUUACUUAAAGAUAAUAUUUUUGUGCAUUAAUUAAAAUUUUGAAAAGUAAAAACAACUGACAAAUUAGAUGUGUAAAUAGUUUGAAGCUGUGAACAAGCAACUUGUGUGUUUAUUUGAACACCAAUUCUGAAUGAAAGAAAAAAGAUGUGUAUAUAUCUGUGUAAAUAACCAUUGUCAUUUCUCUCAUGUACUAUGGAUGUGAUGAAAACAGGCUGCUGACAUAGAAGUGUUGACUGGUUUUUGUAUCCUAGAAAUUCUAUAACUUUAUACAGAUUCUUACUUUAAAGUUACGAGAAAAAAAAAUAUAAAUAUACUAUCAGAUUAUCUGUUUUUGCUAUGGUUCUUUAAGAGCUAAACAGAUUUUUAAUAGUAUUACGUAGAUCUUAUUGUAAAAGUAUAUAGAAAAGCUGGUGGAAUUUAUACCUUAGGUAACUUUUGAAAUGAGGAUAAUUUUGUAAGUCAACAUUUCACUUGAAUCACUGCCUUGUGUUGACAGUAUUAUAAUCAUUGUUGAUCUGAUGGUUAGUGUUCUGGUAAUUUGUUUUUUGGUUCAUUCUUAACAAUUUUUUAAAACUUUUGUUUGAUUGAAUGGAAACAUUUUUUUUUUCAUUGAUUGAUACAUGCAAAUCUGACUAAAAUAAAUAACAAUAUUUUUUUCAUA